CUGUCUUACAAUACCUCACCGUCUUUCAUCGCUCCCCCUCUCCCCUUCACAAAGCAAAUGAGUCUCAGGUCAUGGCUUCCUUUCACACAAACAUAUGGAUCGAUAACGAUGUGUCAAAUCUAUGGCUUCUCAUUUCUCUCCUUUCUGACAGAGCAAAUCGAUUCUCCAUUCAUGGAGCUAUUACCGUCUUUGGGGAUCGAUAAAGAUGAGGGCAAAUCUACGGCUUCUCAUUUCUCUUCCUUCUCACAGGGCAAAUCGAUUCUCCAUUCUCCAUUUGCAGAUCCUGUUUUCUUCCCUAUAAAGAUUUUACCUCUGGCUCUGCCGUUUCAUCUUUCCUGCUCACCGAUUCAUUCCAUAUCAUGGAUGAAAAUAGAUUUCAACGCAAAAGGCAAAUACAUAGUUCUUCCUUUUGAUUAGGUGCGUGCUUUCAUCAUAAAAUAAAAGGUGUUUGCUCUAAUUCCCUCCAAAUUGUUCCUUUGCUAAAGAGGGGGAUGCGAAAUUGCUGAAGCAGGGGGCAAAAUUGUUGUAGCAGGUGCGUGCUUUCAUCAUAAAAUAGAAGGUGUUUGCUCUAAUUCCCUCCAAAUUGUUCCUUUGUUGAAGAGGGGAUGCGAAAUUGCUGAAGCGGGGGGCGAAACUGCUGUAGUAGAUCCUGUUUUCUCCCCUAUAAAGAUUUUACCUCUGGCUCUGCCGUUUCAUCUUUCCUGCUCACCGAUUCAUUCCAUAUCAUGGAUGAAAAUAGAUUUCAACGCAAAAGGCAAAUACAUAGUUCUUCCUUUUGAUUAGGUGCGUGCUUUCAUCAUAAAAUAAAAGGUGUUUGGUCUAAUUCCCUCCAAAUUGUUCCUUUGCUAAAGAGGGGAAUGCGAAAUUGCUGAAGCAGGGGGGCAAAAUUGUUGUAGCAGGUGCGUGCUUUCAUCAUAAAAUAGAAGGUGUUUGCUCUAAUUCCCUCCAAAUUGUUCCUUUGUUGAAGAGGGGAUGCGAAAUUGCUGAAGCGGGGGGCGAAACUGCUGUAGUAGGUGACCGGCAAGGAGGGGUAAGGAGUUUAUAUUUAAGAUAGAUCGUGAAGCUCCACCAUCUGUUCAUGGCAAAGUGUAUUACUUAGGGGGGUCAUCAGAUAAUAUGGACAAAAUAAAUGAGAUCAAAUCAUCUUUUGAUGAAAACUCGGAGUCAGAGGAAGAGGGGUACAAUUCUGAUUACGAUCUGGAUUUGCUGGAUGAUGAUGCUCCAACUCCAGUUGAAUCAAAUUUGACACAUAUCUCCAAGGAUUUUGAGAGGUCGUGAGUACUCCACAAUCAUUGUCUAAGCGACCUUCUGAAGAUGAUAUUGAUUGUGAACUUGAUGUUGGUGCAUCUACUCCACUUACUCGAGGUUCAGCUACUAAGAAGCUCAAAUCGGUCAAGAUAGAGAAGCCAUAAAUUAUUAUCCACUUUUAAAUUUUUAUUUCACUUUAGGGGUUUGUUAUUCGUUUUAAGUUUAGCUACUAAGAAGCUCAACUCCAUUGUUCUGAAUUGUUAUGCGUUUCGAGUAUUUUGUUUUUCAAGUAUGACUAUUUCAUCAGAUUGUUAUUUCAACAUUGUUGUUGCUAUUAACAUUAAUUAGGAUUUACUUUAAAACUAUGCUGCU